CCGGGCGCCACACGGUCCCCCUUCCACCCCGUCCCCUUCCCUCCCCGCCCUCCCCCCGACCGGAGGGAGCCCGGCGCCGACCGCUGCCCCCAUGGCUUCCUCGCCGGAGGACCCCGUUCUGGAGCGUUAUUUUAAAGGCCACAAAGCUGCCAUCACCUCCGUGGACUUCAGCCCCAACUGCAAACAACUUGCUACUGCUUCUUGGGAUACAUUUCUCAUGCUGUGGAAUUUCAAGCCACAAGCUAGAGCUUUCAGAUUUGUGGGUCACAAGGAUGUUGUAACCAGCGUGCAGUUUUCUCCAGUUGGAAACUUAUUGGCAUCUGCUUCACGAGACAGGACCGUUAGACUCUGGAUUCCUGAUAAGAAGGGAAAAUCCUCUGAAUUUAAAGCUCACACUGCCCCUGUUCGAAGUGUGGAUUUUUCGGCUGAUGGCCAGCUUCUAGCUACAGCUUCUGAAGACAAAUCAAUCAAAGUAUGGAACAUGUAUCGCCAACGCUUCUUAUAUUCCUUGUACCGCCAUACGCAUUGGGUACGCUGUGCCAAAUUCUCACCUGAUGGAAGACUAAUUGUAUCAUGUAGUGAGGAUAAAACUGUUAAAAUUUGGGAUACGACAAACAAGCACUGUGUCAAUAACUUCUCAGAUUCUGUAGGGUUUGCAAAUUUUGUGGAUUUUAACCCUAAUGGUACAUGCAUAGCUUCAGCAGGUUCUGAUCAUACCGUGAAAAUCUGGGAUAUAAGAAUGAACAAAUUACUCCAGCAUUAUCAAGUUCACAGUGGUGGAGUUAAUUGUUUAUCAUACCAUCCUUCUGGCAACUAUCUCAUCACUGCCUCGUCCGAUGGUACACUUAAGAUUCUGGAUCUCCUAGAAGGAAGGCUCAUAUAUACACUUCAAGGGCAUACGGGACCUGUCUUUGCUGUGUCAUUUUCAAAAGGUGGGGAGCUGUUUGCAUCAGGAGGCGCAGACGCACAGGUCUUAUUGUGGAGGACUAACUUUGAUGAACUGAAUUGUAAAAGUCUCAUUAAAAGAAAUCUCAAAAGAUUGCAUUUUGAGUCGCCACCACAUCUUCUUGAUAUCUACCCAAGAACACCACAUCCGCACGAUGGAAAACUUGAGACUGUUGAAAUUAAUCCAAAGCUAGAGGUAAUCGAUUUGCAGACUUCUAAUCCCCCGGUUGUGGACGUUCUUUCUUUUGAUUCUACCACAUAAGAUGGACUGUCCCCGGCCUGGGAAUCCAAACCGCAUCCACAGUUCCCACAGCUGAGGCUGAGGCAUGCAGAAAAUGCCGACAGCUCUCAGCCCACACAUCCAGUAACAACUGGUUCCUUCCUCUUCCUGUGGAAGAGCAACAUCCUCUGAGAUGAGAAGACAUGCACCCUGAAGAAUGCAAGAGCAGCAGUGAGCUCUUCACACCGGAAAUUACUACCAUGGCACUCUGAAGAGGGCUUGUCUCCCGGACUGUCAGCCCAUAAUGCGCUUCCUGCUGACCUAGAGGAUGGUUUACUAUGGAGCUAAAUGCCAUUUGUGGGUCUGUUGAAGUCUUCACGGAAAACAGUGAACUUAGUUUUCAGCUGUUCCAUAUGUCUAUACCCAGUUGAUUUCACUUAUCUGGUGCUGCCUGAAAAGUUUUGCUCCUUUAUUUAGCCACUGAAUAGUUAAUUACUUGGUGGAUGUGGUCAGCAAGUUGGCUAAAGUAAAUUUUUUUAGUCAGUUUUUUGUGCUUUUUGAGGUCAAGCUGUGUCAAAUAUUUUAGGGCUUAAGAGAGUUUAAAAACCUCAGAGUCUGAGUGAACUGGCUAUUAAGAUUCAGUGCUGGUUCUUACUUUUCUGUGUCUUUCAGUUUCUUUAAUUUUACUGUCUGAGCUGGUCAGGCAGCAGUAAAAGAUAUCAUACUGUGUGCACAGCCAUACAUCGUCAAGCAUAAAUAAAGCCUUGUUGCUUUAAAUCAACCAACCAAGCCCUGUCAUGGAAAUUUCAAACUGACUUGAAUUGACUUUUACAGUUGAAGAAUGUUUUAGUAUAGUUUGAUCUUUUAUGUUUGCUAAUUCCUACAGUAUUUAUUUUGUUUUUCUCUUGCUUGGGAUAAUCAUGGCCACUACAAACCUUAGCUUUCAUAUCAUAUGUAUUUUUUUUAAAUUGCUUUAUGAAUCACUGCAGAAUUUUCGUAGGUUUCAGUGCUAUAGUGGCAAAAUUCUUUUACUUUUUGUGUAUUUGGAUUAUUUUACCCGAGCACAUGAGAGUUAUUUAUUGUUUGUUUUAAGUUGAAGGGGAGAUGGAGAAGGAAUGCCAGGCAUUUCCUCUUCCUUUUCAGAAUGUCUUUUUAAUGAACAUUCCUCUUCCUCCUUGUGAACAAACCAUCCCAGCUCAGCAAGGGGCCCCUGAGUGUCUAGUUUCUAAUAACUUCAACCUCUUUUCUUUGUUCUCCCAGCCCUAGGAACGGAGUUGCUUCAUGCAGUUACUAUCUGUUGUUAGUUCAGUGAUCCCUUUUUUAGCCUUCCCAAACUUCCAACCGUGUUUAAACAAGUCCCUAUAUUAAAUUGUCUCUGUCAAAAUAACUGUUGUGGUUUCUGUUUUUGAGUGGGCCUUGAAUGAUACAUAGCAGAUCAUUCUGAAGAAGUAGUAAGAUAUACACAUGAAGAUUUCUCUUCAGGGUGUUUAUUACAGCAUUAUUUACAACAGCGAAAUUUAAAAAACAGAAACAAACCAAAUGUCCCUUAACAGAAUAUUGGUUAAAUAAAAGUAUACUAUAUACAGGGAAGAGAUCCAUGUUUAUGUCUGUUCCAAAGAAAGGUGAUCCAGCCAAAUGAGGAAAUUAUCAGACACUAUCUUUUUUUUUUAUCAUUAAUAUAACAUGCAAGUAAAAUUUUGCAAAAGAUCAUUCAAAAGUGGCUGCAGCAGUAUAUUGACUGGGAACUGCCAGAAAUUCAGGCCGGAUUCAGAAGAGGGUGUGGAACCAGGGAUAUCAUUGCUGAUGUUAGAUGGAUUUUGGCUGAAAGCAGAGAAUACCAGAAAGAUGUUUACCCAUGUUUUAUUGACUAUGCAAAGGCAUUCGACUGUGUGGAUCAUAACAAAUUAUGGAUAAUGUUGUAGAGAAUUGGAAUUCCAGAACAGGUAACUGCGCUCAAAGGAACCUGUGCAUAGAUCAAGAGGCAGUCAUUCAAACAGACCAAGGGGUUACUCCGUGGUUUAAAGUCAGGAAAGGUGUGCAUCAGGGUUGUAUCCUUUCACCAUACCUGUUCAGUCUGUAUGCUGAGCGUAUAAUCUGAGAAGCUGAACUAUAUGAAGAAGAACUGGGUAUCAGGAUUGGUGGAAGACUCAUUAACAACCUGUGUUAUGCAGAUGGCACAACCUUGCUUGCUGAAAGUGAAUAGGACUUGAAGCACUUACUGAUGAAGAUCAAAGACUGCAGCCUUCAGUAUGGAUUAUACCUCAACAUAAAGAAAACAAAACCCCUCAUGACCAAUAAGCAACAUCAUGAUAAAUGGAGAAAAGAUUGAAAUUGUCAAGGAUUUCAUUUUACUUGAAUCCACAAUCAGCAUCUAUGGAAGCAGCAGUCAAGAAAGCAAAAGACACAUCGCAUUGAGCAAAUCUGCUGCAAAAGACCUCUUUAAAGUGUUGAAAAACAAAGAUGUCACCUUGUAGACUAAGGUGCGCCUGACCCAAGCUGUGCUAUUUUCAGUCUCAUCAUAUGCAUUCGAAAGCUGGACAAUGAAUAAGGAAGAGCGAAGAAGAAUUGUCACCUUUGAAUUAUGGUGUUGGCAAAAAAUAUUGAAUAUACCACGGACUGCCAAAAGAACGAACAAAUCUGCCUUGGAAGAAGCACUACCAGAAUGCUCCUUAGAGGCAAGGAUGGCGAGACUGCGUCUUACAUACUUUGGACGUGUUGUCAGGAGAGAUCAGUCCCUGGAGAAGGACAUCCUGCUUGGAAACGUACAGGGUCAACGAAAAAGAGGAAGACCCUCAAUGAAAUGGAUUGACAUAUUGACUUCAACAAUGGACUCAAGCAUAACAAUGAUUGUGGGCAUGGUGCAGGACUGGGCAGUGUUUUGUUCUGUUGUACAUGGGGUCACUAUGAGUGGGAACUGACUCCACGGCACCUAACAACAGUAACAACUAUACGUGGAUGAAUAUUAUGUUGUCAUUCCAUGUUUAAUGACAAAUGCACUGGGUGUGAUCUUGGAUUUGAUCUUAGAUCCAUGGGAAAAUUACUAUAAAAGACAUUAUUAGGACAAUCAGGAAAAAUUGAAUAUAGACUGAAUAUUAGAUAAUAAUAUCAAUGUUAAAUUUCCUGAUUUUGACAGUUGUACUGUGGUUAUGUAAGAGAAUGACCCUGUUCUUAGAAAAUGCCCACUGAAGUAAUUGAGGCAAAGGAACAUGGUGUCUGCAGCUUCUCUCAAAGGAUCAGAAAAAUAAAGUUGACACAGAUAAAUAGAUAGGUACAGAAUGAUAUACCAAAGGUGGCAGAAUGCUAACAAUUGAUGAAUCUAGAUGAAGGGUAUAUAAGAGUCCUUUUUUAUUAUUCUUCCAGCUUUUCUGUAAGUUUGAAGUUAUUUCAAAAUUAAAAAACAAAAAUUGUAUAUCCCUAUGUCAUGUUCAUGUUUAUGACAGGGAAAUAUUCCAUAUAUCAAGUGAAAAAAAUUAUAUAACAAUGGUAUGAUUCCAGUUUUGUAAAGAAAAAACUGUAUUUAUCUAUUAACAGAAUUCUUUCUCAGUGUCUUGCAAAUAGCAUUGGAAUUUGCCCAAGGUCAUCUAGCCAGUAAGUAAGAAAGCUGAGUUUUGAAUCCUGUCUGGAGCUUUGGAGUACGUGCUUUUUAACUACUGGGUAGUGUGAAUGUAUAUGUUUUUAAAGUAAUAACUUCCCUAAUUAUAGAAGGAAUGUAUAGUAAAAAACAAAAACUAGAUAACACAUACACACCCUUCAUAAAAUACAAAAGCUGAACUAUUACCAAAAACCAUUGUUAACAUUUUGAAGUAUAGUCAAAUAGGUUAGAGUUUUUAGAACUCAGAGAACCUUGAAGGUGGGGUGAACCCUGCCCUGCAGCCUCCAGAGCUUGUAGGACAGACUCCACAGGGCUGGACUCAGACCUUGAAGAGGGGCACUGGUCAGCUGGUACUAGUAUCUCCAGGAGGGUUAAGAGCUGUUGCUGGAAAAGGCUGACAGGAACCCAUGCAAGCAGAAAGGAGCAAGUUCCUUUUUACUUCCUAUGGCCUUCUGGUCUCCUUCCAGUGUGUCUUAUUGGCAGAGCCUACCAGCAAGAGAAAACAAUAGUUUGCAGAGCCCCAGUCUCAGCAUCACAAAGCCAAUUUAGAAAGGUGUGUUUGAAAGGGAGAGACACAUUCUAUAAGAGGAAUUACUGAAUUCAAGGAUAAGAACGUAUAAAAAAAACUUAAGGCAAAUUUCAUUCCAGAAGUUUUAAUACAGAUUUGUGUUCCCACUAGUACCAUAUGACAGUUCUUGUUUCCUGCACUUCUGCACGUACUAAGUAUUAUAUUUAUUUAAUUUUUGAAAAGUCUUUCUAGUUUAAUAAGCAAAAAAUAUUACCAGGUUCAUUUGCAUUUUAGUGACUUGUGACAUAUUUUCAUGAUUAUUGUUCAUUUGUAUUUCUGAGACUUGCCUACUCAUAAGCUUUGUCCAUUUUCCCUAUUGUUAUGUUCAUUUUAACAUUUAAAUCUUAAAUCUCAGAUAAGUUAAUUAUAGCUAUGAGGUACAGAUUUAUAAUAAAGUAUUCUCAACGUGUAUUAUUUCUUUCCUUACUCAUUUGUAUUACCUUCAUUAAACAUUAAGUUCUUACGUACUCUGAAUGUUUGGAGGCUUUCUCUUCAUCUUAUUGACCUGUUGUCUGUUCUUGAUCCAUUAUUACACUUUUAAUUAUUGUAGCUUUAGAGUAUUUUUUUAAUAAUUUUUAUUGUGCUUUAAGAGAAAGUUUACAGAUCAAGUCAGUCUCUCACACAAAAACCCAUAUACACCUUGCUACACACUCCCAAUUACUCUCCCCCAAUGAGACAGCCUGCUCUCUCCCUCCACUCUCUGUUUUCGUGUCCUUUUCGCCAGCUUCUAACCCCCUCCACCCUCUCAUCUCCCCUCCAGGCAGGAGAUGCCAACAUAGUCUUAAGUGUCCACCUGAUCCAAGAAGCUCAUUCCUCACCAGCAUCCCUUUCCAACUCAUUGUCUAGUCCAAUCCAUGUCUGAAGAGUUGGCUUCGGGAAUGGUUCCUGUCCUGGGCCAACAGAAGGUCUGGGGGCCAUGACCACCGGGGUCCUUCCAGUCUCAGACCAUUAAGUCUGGUCUUAUGAGAAUUUGGGGUCUGGAUCCCACUGCUCUCCUGCUCCCUUAGGGGUUCUCUGUUGUGUUCCCUGUCAGGGCAGUCAUCGGUUGUAGCCAGGCACCAUCUAGUUCUUCUGGUCUCAGGAUGAUGUAGUCGCUGGUUCAUGUGGCCCUUUCUGUCUCUUGGACUCAUAAUUACCUUGUGACCUUGGUGUUCUUCAUUCUCCUUUGAUCCAGGUGGGUUGAGAACAAUUGAUGCAUCUUAGAUGGCUGCUUGCUAGCGUGUAAGACCCCCGACGCCACUCUUCCAAGUGGGAUGCAGAAUGUUUUGUUAACAGAUUUUAUUACGCCAAUUGACUUAGAUGUCCCCUGAAACCAUGGUCCCCAGACCCCUACCCCUGCUACGCUGGCCUUCGAAGCAUUCUAGAGUAUUUUUUAAAAAUAGAGUGUACAUCUUGUUCUUUCAGAAGUUUCUUAGAUACUCUGAAAUGUUAUUUAUCCAUAUGAGCUUUAGAAUUUAAAGUUCCCCAAAAAAGUCCUAUUUAAGUAUUAACUGGGAUUACAUUAAAUUUAUAAAGUAAUUUAGGAGAAUUGCCAACUUUUCCGUCUUGAGUUUUCUCAUCUGGGAAUGCGAUAUAAUAGACAAGUAUUUUAAAGUUUCCCUAAAUCAGACUGAAGAGCAUUUUUGCUACAUGCCUAUGGUUGCUGUAAAAGUGGCCACCAUUUUUCAUGUAUUACUAAGGAUUUUACCUCCUUAAUAAAUAAACAUGUACAUGGAUUUUUUUUUCAUUCUACAAAUUAACCUUAAAAGAUUAGGUGUCUUCUCCAAGGUCACAUAGCUGGGAAGUGAUAGAAGCAAGCUAGUGAUGGGGUUCGAUUAACUUCAGAGUCCAAACUCAGAACCCAUGUACGUACUUUGUUCCCAAUAGUUAAGUCACCCAGACCACAACCUCUGCCACUCUGAAUCCUGGUUUUAGCUUCCUUGUUGCCCAUAUGACUUAACCUUAGUAAUGUUUAUAGAGGUAUAGUGGGCAGAGAGACUUGAUCAGUA